AUGUGUAAUCAAUGUAUUGAUAAAGCUAAAAAAGAAGACCGCUGUCGGCACUGUGAGCAUUUUGAUUAUGAAUGCACGCUCACAAAGCCUCGCAAAAAAAGGCUUUAUGGUAGUGCCGAUCAUGUUCGUGCCCAGAUUGCAGUGCUAGAGGCUUUGGUGAAGGGGCUUAUCCCAAAUGCCGACCUGUCCACUCUUGACAGCAUGCAAGAGGUUGCACGGAUCCUGGGCAUCCCACUCCCAGAGAUGGGAGAUGGCAAAAGCCAAUCUACACAGAAUCGGCAGGGGAGAGAUGGCGCAUCGGUAUUCGUGGAGCAGAAUCAGCGGCUCGUCCAAGAUCAACAGGGCCAAGGACAGUACAUUGGCCCCGCAAUCUCUUAUUUCUUUCAGCUGAAACUUCGGACUCUCCUGGGACGACGACCCCAAAGACAAACGUGCCAGAUGUAUCUGUUCGGAUGCAAUCCCACAGAAGAGACUUUGAAACCCUCCGCCAGCACGAUUGUCUCAGAAGUUGAUGUUCGAGUAGUGGCGCAGCCCUUGCAAUCGGAUUUCAUUGCGGGUGCUGCGCAACAUCCUCACUUGUUACUAGACACCUCUGUUAUUGGGGGGUUAAUUCAGUCGUAUUUCGACCAUGUCAACGUCGACUUUCCCGUUCUUCAUAAAGCUUCCUUCCUAGAGGCUUCUGAAUAUUGGCGGGCCGAUGCAAAAUCAGUUGACCCAGCGUGGGUAUGUGGUCUGCUAUGCGUCUUGAUCCUUGGUCGAAGAAUAAACCCGGCGGGAACUAUGCAGACUCAACAGCAAAGAUGGUGGACUCACAUCAAAUCGCUCCUACCAACAAUAAUAUUCACAUCCAGUAUCCAAUCAAUCCAGGCCUUGAUGCUGACUGCGUUGCAUCUUCAUAAUACGAAUCAUCGAAAUGCAUGCUGGACACUGACAGGAGCGGCAGUGAGGAUCGCCAUCGCCAUUGGGCUCGACAGAGAUGAAGUCAUUUGCGAAGGACCACAAGUGAACCAAGAGCUAAGAAAGUCGCUGCGGUGGACCCUCUACGGCUUUGAGCAGAUUCAAGUCUCUUCUCACGACCGGCCCAGUGCCUUAGAAGGCGCAGUGUGCUCGACAAAGCCUCCCAUCCAGAGGAUUCUCGGAGUCGGGUCCUCGAGCCACCCCCCGGAAUACAUCCUCUGGUCGACACGGCUUGUCUCCAUCUUGGGCCUCGCAUGCCGCACACUACCAGCCGCCUCGAAUCAGGUUAAUUCAACUGGCCCACUCUCACCCGUAGCCGGAUUACUUCGAGACUUGUCUCGGUGGUAUGGAUCGUUGCCACAGCAUCUAUCCAUGAGGGUGUUCAAUACCAUACCUGCCGCUUUCCAAAGAUCAGUUCUCUUGCUGCACAUCCAGUAUCACUAUAAUGUAUUUUUGCUGACUCGCUACCCACUCCUGCAGCAUCUCGCGACCAUGCCAGAAGAGUCAAGCAGUGAUCCAAAACAAAAGGAGAUUGAGUCGACAGCCCAAAUAUGCUGUGAGUCUGGUCGAAAAAGCUGUGAGCUGUUAUUGCAACUGGAUCAAACCGGAAACUUCAAUGCUGUGACUUGGUUGGAUGUCUAUUUCGUAUACUCAUCAACAUUGGUCUUGACUCUGAGCAUUAUGCGGGAUCGAGCCCGACAAGAGAGCGAGGAGUCUUCAGACAAUGGAUCGCUCUCCCUGUUGUAUGACUGCGCAGCGAUGGUAUCUCGUCACUCAGGCAAUCCGAUGAUGCCCGGUACCAUGCGUCGUUGGGUUGGGAUAAUAUGUGACCUUAACAUGUUGGUCCAGGAAAGACUAGGCUCACUACAACAGGCACCCUCGAAUGAUGAGGGUGGCAGUGUCGUACACUCAAACGCAGCAACUCCUUUUGUUCAACUCGGAUCAUCGAGCAAGACGAGAUAUUUCCCGGUACCUUAUAUGGGAAUGGGAGUACAACAUAGCACAGAGUACAAUUUCGCCAAAGGGGAUAGGUCAUCAUCUACCACGGAUGGCGAAUGCACUGGUACUACACCAGUUACGCCAUUUAUAGAUGACGACAAUGCCUUUUUCUCUUGGGAUUCGAUUGCCAGCAUGCUGUUAGGAACAGAAACCCUUGAUUCAGCUUUGAUAGACUAUAGCUUUGGCUAUCAAUACUGA